AUGAGCACAUGUCGAUGGUGUACACUUAGUGGUUCUGACACCACUGAGUUCCUGAAGGACUAUGCUUCCAACCAGUUGUCCCCAGAAGAUCUGGAAGGCUCCAACGAUGAUCUCUGUUACUGCCUGGAAUGUGUCGUUGAAUACCACAAAGCAAGGGAGAUUUUUCCAAGGAUGCACCAGGUCUUGUGGGAGUUGGAAACCUCCCGACUUAUUGCCCACUUUGAGAAAUCCAUGCAAGAAGAAGAUGAAGCUGCUGAUGAGUUAUAUCUAGUGGAUGAGAAUGGAGACACUUUGCUGUCUGGUUAUGUGGGCCCAGAUUUUGAGAACAACUUGAGAGUCCCUCUGCUAGAAAUCCUGAAGUAUCCUUAUCUGCUGCUGCAUGAGAGAGUCAGUGAAUUGUGUGUACAGGUGCUCUGUAGGAUGGAAGAAAGCCACAGUUCCUUUCAGGUCUUUGAGAAACAUCCAGGAAUUUACCUCUUUUUGGUUCAUCCAAAUGAAGUGAUUCGUCGCUGGGCCAUCCUAACAGCAAGGAAUUUAGGGAAAGUUGACAGGGAUGAUUACUAUGAAUUGCAGGAAGUGCUGACUUGCUUGUUCAGAGUCAUUGAGUUGGGGCUUUUUGAGAGUCCAGAUAUUUAUAGCUCUUCAAUGACUGAAAAGGGUAAACUCAUCCUUCUGCCAUCGUAUUUGUAUGACACUACCAACUACAAGAACUAUUGGCUAGGGAUUUGCAUGUUGCUAACAGUGCUGGAAGAAGAAGCUAUGGACUCCUUGUUGCUGGGCCCAGACAAACAGAAUGAUUUCAUGCAGUCAAUACUCCACACCAUGGAGAAAGAAGGAGCUGAUGAUUCUACUGACCCCUUCUGGCCAGCGCUGCAUUGUUUCAUGGUUAUCUUGGAUCAGCUUGGAUCAAAAGUCUGGGGUCAGCUUAUUGAUCCUGUCCAGGCCUUUCAAACCAUUAUCAACAGUGUGAGCUACAACAAUGAAAUAAAAAACAUCCGCAGUAGCUUUAUGAGGACAAAAUCUGAGCCAGAGCCAUAUGAGGAUGAUGAGAUGAUAACCUGCAGUCAGAUUGUGUACAAUUACAACACAGAAAAGCCUCAAAAGGACACGGGAUGGAAGGCUGCCAUUUGCCCGGAUUACUGCCCCAGCCUGUAUGAGGAUAUGCAGACGCUGGCGACCGUGCUUCAGUCUGACAUUGGCAGAGACAUGCGUGUCCACGAGAGCACAUUCCUCUGGUUCAUCCCUUUUGUUCAGUCGCUGAUGGACCUGAAGGACCUGGGUAUGGCAUACAUAGUCGAAGUCAUUCACUACCUCUGCUCGGAAAUCAAAGAUACCCUCAACAAAACGAUCCAGCAGUGCGAUAAGAUCGCUGAAUUUUUUCUCCUGAUCUUGGUGUCCGUCAUUGAAUUGCACAGGAAUAAGAAGUGCCUGCACUUGCUGUGGAUUAGCUCCCAGGAGUGGGUGGAAGCAGUGGUGAGAUGUGCCAAGCUGCCUGCCUCAGCGUUCACCUGCCGCACCGACAAGGCCCCCAGCCUGAGAGGUUCCCCGGGGUCUCUGCAAGCUUCCAACUCUGUGCAGCAUGCCUGUGUGCAGCUGAUACGCAGCCUUCUGAAAGAGGGCUAUCAAAUUGGGCAGCAGGCUCUUUGCAAGCAAUACCUAAACAAACUCAACCUUCUCCUGCGAGGAAAUCUGUCUCUGGGCUGGCAGCUGAACGACCAGGAAACUCAGGAACUGCAGGUGUGCCUAAGGCAGGUGAUAAGAAGCAUAAAGAACAGACCACUGAAUACCGCUGCUGGGUCUGUAAAGCUAGAGAAGAAUGAUGAUGGCUGCAAGGUGAGUGGACGUGGCAGAGAUGACCUUUCUUCACUAACUGGUGCCACAUCAAAGGAAGGGGGAGAUGGAGAUUGUCAGGAGAGCCCUUUCCUCAGAAGAAAGAGUGUUUGGGAACAGGAAUGCAGGGAUCCAUCUACAAGUACAAGGUGUUGGACAUCCACAAAAGGCCUCUUGGUGAAUAUUAAGAAGGAACCUGAUGUAUCUCCAGCUCAGAACUCUUUGGCAGCAAAAUCAUGUAGGAAAGUUCAGGAGAACAGGGCAGAUGAUCUUGUGGCAGGGAAGUGCCACCCGGAUAAUCGGAACCUUAAUCCAAAUGCACAGUGUUCAGAUUGCAGGAGAGGCCUGGAAACCCAAUGUGAAGCAGGACCUCCAGUGCACCUGGCUGCUCCACCUUGUGUUGCUCCUCAUGGGGGUGUUCACAGCUUGGAUAGAAAGGAGAGCAAUGCAGCUCCCAGUUCUCCUUCAAAGCUUAAGGUAGAUAACUUGAAACUCAGGGAUCUGAAAGUCACAAUAGAGAGGUUAGAACUGCCCUUAAUGGAGCAGCCAGCAAAGCCACCUGACUUGAAGAACUCUUCAGCAAAAAGUGCUUCAAAAGCAGAGGCAGAUCAACCCAAGCUGGGUACUGGCUGUUCAGGUACAAGCAAAGACUGUCCUAAAUAUCAGGGAAGGAGUACUGUGUGUGGAAAGGACACCUCUGUUGCUACUCCACCUUUGAGGAGUCGUGAAAGUCCACAGAGGAAAAGUGUCAGCUUUGCUUUACAAACCAGCCUGGUCCCCAGUAAAGUAGCAAAGAAAUCACCAGUAGAUUGCUCUGUCUCCUUUAAAGAUAAACCAGCUUUGCAGAGGAGUGAAGAUGAUGAUUUGCUUUCAGAGACUGGUGACACCUCAGUGAAAAAAGCAUCCACUGAAAAAAAGUCAAAUUUGCCCUUGAAUCCUGCAUCUAAAACAAACCCUGGCAUGGAAAAACCUUCAGACUGGAAACAACCUCGUUUAACUGACUGGGUUAAAUCUGACUGCAGAGGUCAUGUUUCAAAGACUUCUGGUAUGGAGAAAACUUUAGCAAAUGGUCGUGUGCCAUCUGGCUCAGAAAACAAGAGGGACCUGUCCAGCCCUGCUUCUCAGAGGAGGCCACUGUCUGUGAAGGGUGGAUCAAGUGACAGGUUGUUGGAAUUUUCAGAGUAUUUCAAGAGAGAAAACAGUUCAGUGGUGAAGAAAAAGAAAGGUAGUGUGGAGGUAGAGCCUGAAGACAAUGCUUUAAUGGACUCCCACGCUGAUAGAGAGCUCAGUAAAUUAUGUUUAACUGCCUAUGCCAAAGGUGUCAAUUUUGCCUUUGAUUCCAGACAAGAAAGCUCAGUCCAUCAUAGUGUGAGUGAUGUUAAAAGGAAGGUGAAAGGUGCUGUCAGAUUUUCCUGUGAUGACCAAAGUACCAAGCCUUCCUCUGAUGAUGGCAAUCAAACCAUUGUAAUUUCAGACUCUUCUGAAGAAGAAGAAAAUGUGGCUGAGGAGGAGGAACCAAAAGAAGUCAAUGAAACAGUGUCCCUUGACAAGCAGCCUUUGACUUCCAGCUGCAUUUCUGAGUUGAUAUCUCCAAGCUUUCACUUGUCUCUGGAAGAAUGUGAGUCUCAGUGCUUUGAGUUUGAAACAGAUGAGGAUGUCUACUCAGUUUGGUCAGACACUCAAGCGUUGGAACCAACUCAGGAGUACAAACAAGAUCAGCUUUCAACCACAGCUGGCAGAGGUAAUUCAGGCGAUGCACAGAGCGACGACACCCUUGACCACACCAUUGAGUGGGGUUAUGAAGUGGACUACAUAACUGAUGAGAUGAUGGAAGAAGUAACCAACAUAGAGAAGCAGCUAGAAAAGCAGCCAGAAGAUACUCCUCAUAAGGAAGAAGAUGGUCAUACAAAAAAAGCAGCUCACUCAGUGUUGCAAGAAUCUGUUAGUAAGAGAAAUAUGGAAGAUCAGCUGGAGAAUGUUGCAGACAAAGUUCCAACCGUUGCUCAAGACUUCACCCUGGACUCAGCUGAACCCAGACCAUCUACAUCUAACAUGUCCUUGGCUUCAAAGUUGGCCCUUAAGAAAAAGAGUGUGAGCCCACGGAACAGCAUAGCCAAGCUCAAGGUAGCAAAAACCAUUCAGAGAAGUCCUAAAAACCCUCUUCUUAAACCAGCACAGAGUAAACUACUUCUCAACACCUCAGUGUCACAACCUGGCAGGUCACUGCCUGCAGUGGUUCCUCCGAGGAAGGUUAGGCAGUGUCCUGUCCCAGCAUCAACUGCAGAAAAGCUUGGUCUGAAGAAGGCACCUCGCAAGGCGCUUGAGCUGUCCCAGCGCUCUCUGGAGAGCAUAGUUAAGCUACGUAGCUACGGGAAAGCUGCAGGGAGGGUUGGGCUGCCACAGAAACGGAAGACAAAGCCAAUUGCUGCUCAGAGUUUGUCCGUAAAGCAUAACAAAAAAUUUCUAGCCUGUCAGGACUUUUUAAGGAAGACAAGGCCCCCAAAACGUGUCAGAGAACCUCUGGGAGGUUCUGAGAGUAGAAACAAAGUUAGGAAAGUGGAUGUAAAGUUAAAGAAACCAAAGCCUCCAAGUUCGGAACUGGCAUCUGGUGAAGGAUCUGUUAAAAAACAAAGAGACAAAGGGAAGAAGGCUGUUUGUCCCUCUGAGGAGCCACAUGUCUCUAAACUGCUCAGUUCUUUAGGCUCAACCAGAAGAUCAGAGGAUGGCAGCAUGAUGGUUGCUCCCAUAACUACAGUUUCAAGUCCCUCUUCCACUGUGCUUGUUGGAGAUGAUAAAGAUAAACCACCAGGCAAAGGCUAUGUUGUCCAGCCUGAGUCUGAGAAGACAACUUCAACAGAAAAUGGGUGUGAAGCAGCUGAGGACAGUGAAGAUGAUGAUAAUUUGUUUUUAACUCAGUUAGAUCCUGUGGACAUGGAGUUAUGUUCCCAGGUGGAAAGUGUUGAAGAUAGUACUACAGGUAGCAAAAAGCCUGAGGAGAUGGACGCUGCCGAGAGCCUUCAGCAGAGUGAAGCCUCAGCUGUGGUGAAAUGCAAGCACACAGACUGUGUGGAGAAGGUGGGAAAGCCAGGAGAGUACUGCAGGAAGCAUUCAGCCAGCAGCUCGGAAGGAGACCAUGUGUUUGCCAUACCUCUCCUGCCCCCUCCUAAAGCAAGAAAGCCUUCCACCACCAAAAUCUUUAGCUCAGCGACUUCUUCACGCAGUGCAGCCUUCAGCAAGGACCUAGAGGAUGGUAAAAAGCUGCCCCCAGCUUCAAAAAGCAAAGUGAUUGCAGCCAAACAGACGGUGGUCAGGCCCCCCAGUGUGAGGACUGCACCAGCAGCUGUUCAGCCCCGCAGGGCUCCAAGUCUGAGUAACGUACCUCAGCCCUACGGUUACGGCAACGUUCUCCAGUCACACAACAGACAGAAUGAGAUUGCUCCAGCUGCUUCCAGAGGAGCUGCCAGAAGCAGCCAUGCUGCUGGCCUUGGCGCUCAGCAGCGGGACAACAACACUUUUGUGAAUGAAGUUCUGAACUGGACUUAUGAAUCCAUUGCAACCUGCAGCCAGUUUGGACCUCCGAAUAACCUCCUGCAGUCUGUUGUGGCCCCUGUUCCUGUCCACUUCCAGGGAUACAAUGACUAUUUCAAUACCUUCUUCCCCUUGAUGAUGCUGAAUGCCUUUGAAUCACUGGCCCAAGGCUGGAUAGAAAACCAGAGAGGAAGAGAGAAGAGUUACUACCUGCUCUGUAAGAGUGAGCUGCCAGACUUCCGUGCUGAUGUGAACACAGCACAUUUUGAAGCUCAUCUUCGAGAAGUGGAUUUGGCAAGGCAGCUUCAUCCCAAGGAGGACGAUGUAGUCUUUUUGGUGGUCCAGAAUAAAAAAGACUCCUUCAAGGAAGAAAAGGAGACAGAAGACUCUAAAGCGUAUCAUGUUGGGCUUGUGACACGGUUUUAUCGUGCCUCUGGCUCUUCAGCCAGACAGAAGGAGCAGCACACUGUCUAUCAUGUUUCUGUGCAAACUCGAGGCAAUUUGUCCUUCUCCAAAAACAAGCAAGUGAAGUGUGUGGUGGUUGGCUCCCUGGUGACCACACGCCGGGAGUUCAGAAGUCUGCUGCUGCUGAGCAGGAGUCCCCUGGCUAAAGCCAUCAUAAAUCCAUCUUACAACGACUUCUGCCCCAGAGAUUUGCCUGUAGCUUCAGAAAGUGCUGCAUCUGAUAUGAAUGACUACAAUGAAGGGCAGAAGAGAGCCAUUGAGACAGCUUAUGCCAUGGUCAAGCAGCAUCCAGGGCUUCCCAAGAUCUGCCUCAUCCAUGGCCCACCUGGAACUGGGAAAUCCAAAACUAUUGUUGGCCUCUUGUCUCGUGUCUUGAGAGAAAACACUCAGAAUGAGAGAACAGCCAGAAAAACAAAUCCCAAGAUCAAGCCAAACCGUUUCCUGGUCUGCGCACCAUCCAAUGCUGCUGUGGAUGAACUGAUGAAAAAGAUCAUCGUGGCUUUUAAAGAGAAAUGUCAGAACAGGCAGGAGCCUCUGGGAAAUUGUGGGGAUAUCAAAUUGGUGCGAAUUGGGGCUGAAAAAGCAAUCAACAGUGAAGUCCUAGGAUUUAGCCUGGAUAAGCAAGUUCAACACAGAAUGAAAAGAAAGACAGCUGACUUGGAGAAGGAUAUUCAGAAGAAGAAAGAAUCCAUAGACCGAAGGCUGGAUGAGCUGAUCCGUCAGCGUGCCAUGAACAGAUGUGGGAAGAGGGAGAGUCAAAUGAUAGAUGAUGAAUUUAACAGAGUUUCAAAGGAGAGAGAACAUCUUGCAUCUCAGCUAAAAGAGGUUCGGGCACACUCUCAGAAAGUGCAGGCAGAAAUCAUCCUGGAGUCUGACAUCAUCUGCUGCACGCUGAGUGCCAGUGGAGGAGGCCUGCUGGAAUCUACUUUAUCCAGGCAAGGAGUUGAUCCUUUCAGCUGUGUCAUUGUGGAUGAGGCAGGGCAGUCCUGUGAGGUCGAAACACUGAUCCCACUGAUCCAUCGCUGCAAUAAACUUGUCCUGGUUGGAGAUCCCAGACAGCUUCCUCCUACUGUAAAAUCAGUAAAAGCUCAGGAGAAUGGCUAUGACCAGUCCUUGAUGGCAAGGCUGCACAGGCACCUGGAGGAGCAACUCCAGAGCACCAUGUUCCGCAGCCUGCCGGUGGUGCAGCUGACUGUGCAGUACAGGAUGCACCCUGACAUCUGCCUCUUCCCAUCCAACUAUGUUUAUGGCAGGACUCUAAAGACUGACAGAGCAACAGAAGAGAGCAGAUGUUCUUCAGACUGGCCCUUCCAGCCCUACCUCAUCUUUGAUGUUGGAGAUGGUCGUGAGGAGCGAGACAAUGACUCUUUCAGCAAUCCUCAGGAAGUAAAGCUGGUGAUGGAAUUAAUUAAAGCAAUUAAAGCAAGAAGGAAGGAUCUGGGCCUUCGUCGCAUUGGGAUAAUUACCCCCUACAGUGCCCAGAAAAAGAGAAUUCAAAGGCAGCUGGACAAAGUGUUUGGGAGUAACAGCCCAGGAGAAGUGGAUACAGUGGAUGCCUUCCAGGGACGAGAGAAGGACUGCGUCAUAGUGACCUGCGUCCGGGCGAACGCCACCAAAGGCUCCAUUGGGUUUCUGGCAAGCCUUCAGCGCCUGAACGUCACAAUUACCAGAGCCAGGUUCAGCCUCUUCAUCCUUGGAAGACUGGAAACACUCAUGGAAAACAAGGACUGGAACGAGUUGAUUCAGGAUGCUCAUAAAAGGGGAGCCAUUAUCAAGACAUCAGAAGAAAGCUACAAGAGAGAUGCUCUUAAGAUCUUGAAGCUCAGGCCAACAGUAUGGUGUCCAACCAAGGCAGGGACAAAGACACCUGCUCUGCAGCCUUCUUCUUCCAGUGGCAAGAGGCCUGAGCUUGCAAAGCCACAGGAGGCCAGCAGCAGCCCACUGGGACCUGCUGCUGGCCAGGCAGUGCCACAAGGAAGCCGAGGCCCCCAGCAGGCACAGGGAGCUGAGGCUGUGGACUCCAGCAGAGGCAGUGUCUCCACACCUGUGGAGGCUGCAGCACCUCCUGCUGCUCAAGAGAAGCCAAGGGACCCAAGGAGGGCAGGCAUGGCUGGUAGGACUGAGGCAAAAGGGAAGGAGCAGGCCUCCCAAAGUAGCAGUUGGGCACCCCGGAAUGCUCCAGGGUCAACACCACAGCAAGGUCUUGAGGUGUCCUCAGCCAGCAGGGACCAGAGUUCCAGAGCAGAAACUCCUAAGAAGCCCCAGCAAGGGAUGGAACCUUGUGAGCUGCCCUCCACAUCACCUUCCCGAGCUCAACACGAGCACGACCAGAGAGCUGCUGUGCUGAGAAGGAGCUCCACAGCCCCCCGGGAAGGAGCUCAUGGGGAGGGCAGCAGGAGGAGCAGGGACAGUCAUGCUCCAAGAAGAAGACCAGAGAGCACAGAACCCAGCAGUGCCAAGAGGAGGAAGACCUCUCGCUGACUGCGGCUUUGGCUCCUCUCUGAAAAAUCUAUUCCCUGAUUUCUGUCUGGCAAGGACUGUUUUAAAUUAUUUCCUACUCCUGGAACUCCCUUCUGUUGAUACCUUAGCUGUCAGCAGGUCUAGCUUGGUCCCAUCCUGUCCCUAAUUGUGAAGGGCACUUUAUACCUAACAGUUGAGAGCUUCCAGCUUUUGGAGAUGCAGUGAAUGUUGGUCACCUAGCGAGUGAAGUGUGAAAGUUGUAAAUGUUUCCUGAUGUAUAUUUGUACAGUACACAAAUAUUAUUUUAAGAUCAAA